AUGUCGCCAACCGAGGAGAAGAGUGACGAUGUCGAUUUCGGUGACAACAUCGAUAUGAUCACUUUCGAGCAGAUCCUUGAAAUGGAUGAGCCAGGCGAUUGUGAAUUCAGCUCUUCUAUUGUAUUUGGCUUCUUCGAGCAAGCAGAAGAGACUUUUGACCAGAUAAAGGAGGCAUUGGAAGAGGAAGAUCUUGAUAAGCUCUCGUCUCUUGGACAUUUCCUCAAGGGCUCAUCAGCGACUCUGGGACUCAUCAAAAUCAGGGAUGGCUGCGAAAAGAUCCAGCGUUAUGGCAAACACGAAAAGCUCGACGGCUCCCCUGAAGAUGACUCAGAGGUUUGUCUAAAGCACAUCAAAGACGCUUUCGAAGCUGUUAAAACGGAUUACGCCGAGGUCGAGAAACUUUUGAGGCAGUACUAUGAUUCAAGGGAAUAA